AUGCGGAUAUUGGAAUAUCGGAAUUUAAGGGAUACGGAGGAGGAGGAGGAGGAGGAGGAGGAGAAGGAAGAGGAGCAGGAGGAGCAGGAGGAGGACGAGGAGCAGGAGGAGCAGGAGGAAUGGGAAUGCGGACAGAUUAACGGGAAGUGGAGACACACAAUACCAGAUUCCCCCAUUCGGUUUAACACACAAAUCGAUGCGGUUACCGGGGUGUGGUCGCUAGGGGGAGCCUAA